AUGAGAGUUGAGUGGCUCUCCCAUUCCAAUUUACAUCAUGCCGUUUGGGUCUCUCGAGGAGAAGAUUGCGCGAGUCUGACAUUCCCAGCGGAUACCACCAGCUUUGUCGAACAAUCACCCAUUUCCCUGGAACCCCCACUAUGUGGUUUAGGAGACCCUCGAAGACCAAAGCCACUUGAGCUGUCAACAAGUGCACUGGAGGAACUGCAGCGGGAAGCGCUUAGAGCUGAUAUUGAAUGCGCUAAGAUGCGACUGGAGGCUGCUAACGAGGAGAGGAGGUACUGGGAAGAAAAGCGGAGUCUACUAGCCUUAGAAAAGCAGCUGUUGCUGGAGCGUCAUCAACUAAAACCAAACAAUGAUCAAUCUAACGAUCGCAUGUCCAAUGCUGUUGAGGAUCGUAUGUACUGGGAGGAAAGACGUCGAAUGUUGGCACUCAAAAAGCAAUGCAUGUUGGAUCAAAUGGGAUGA